AUGGGUGGCAUAGUGGCUGUCAAGAAGAAAACCUACACCCAAAUUGGCGUUUUCUUUGUGAAAGAAGAGUUUCGCCAUUCUGGAAUUGGGUCGAAGCUCUUCAAAGAAGUUACUAAAGGCGUUGAUUGCAUAGCUUUCCAAGCAAUGCAUCAUCUGCUACCAACACUAUCCACCUUCGGACUCUGCAAACAGUUUGGUCGCCGUUUUAUCCAUGUGAAGAUCGACUUUCGCAGAACUGGC